AUGAGGCUCGACCUUCCGCGCGUGAUUGCCGGCGAGGACACGCGCACCACGCUCAUGGUGCGCCACAUCCCGAACAAGUACACGCAGCGGAUGCUUCUCUCGGUGAUCGAGCAGAACCACUCGGGCCAGUUCGACUUGCUCUACCUGCCGAUCGACUUUAAGAACCGCUGCAACGUCGGGUACGCCUUCGUCAACAUGAUCUCGUUUCACCAUGUCCCCGCAUUUUACCGCGAGUUCCACCGCCGGAAGUGGGAGCGCUUCAACUCGGACAAGGUGUGCGAGAUCAACUACGGGCGGAUCCAGGGCAAGCGCGCGCUCAUCGCUCACUUCUCCAACUCGUCGCUCGCGAACGAGGACGAGUCGAUGCAGCCCGUCGUGUUUGCGUCGGAUGGCUCCGGCACGCGCGAGCGGUGGCACAGCCCAGGCGGCGGGCGGCGAGGCUUUUGA